AUGACGUUUCAAUCCCUUCGCUCGAUCACCGAAUACAACGUCUCCACCUUCAGACGGCAUUAUGUCUCUGAGAUCGCGGGUUCGCUCGGAGACCUUGGGACAUUCCUCCCAAUAGCGCUUGCUCUGGCCGCGAAUGGGACCGUCUCGCUCGCCAGCACGCUCAUCUUCUCCGGUCUCUUCAACAUUCUGACCGGGCUGUUCUUCGGCAUCCCGCUGCCCGUCCAGCCAAUGAAGGCCAUCGCCGCUGUGGCAAUCGCGCGGUCCUUCUCGCCUGGAUCCAUCGCAGCAGCAGGGAUCUUUGUCGCCGGUGUCCUCCUCAUUGGAAGCAUCACCGGCUUACUCCAAUGGUUCACCCGCGUCAUUCCAAUCCCCGUCGUUAAAGGCAUCCAGGUCGGAGCUGGCCUGUCCCUUGUCAUGGCAGCAUGCACGACCCUGCAUGAUCUGGGCUGGAUUCAUCCUUCCUGGGCUGACAAUCGGCUCUGGGCGAUCGGCGUGUUCGUCGCGCUGCUACUCACACACUCGACUCCCAAACGACUGCCGUAUGCGCUUGUUGUCUUCAUCAUCGGCUUAGUUCUCGCCAUCAUUCGCAGCGCCCUUACGUCGAAUCUUCCCUCGUUCUCAAUCUGGAAUCCGCAUAUUGUCGUACCGAUCGGGCAUGAAUGGUCUCGAGGUGCCAUCGACGCAGGCCUCGGCCAGCUCCCGCUCACGACGCUCAACUCCGUCGUCGCGGUCGUCCAUCUAGCCGCUGACUUACUCCCUUCUGUGCCAACGCCCUCCGUAACAGCUAUUGGUUUCAGCGUUUCCGUUAUGAACCUUAUCGGCGUCUGGUUCGGCGCUAUGCCCGUCUGUCAUGGAUCCGGUGGAUUAGCAGCACAGUAUCGCUUUGGUGCGCGCUCAGGCGCCAGCGUUGUCUUUCUGGGCGCUUGCAAGCUCAUUCUUGGUCUAGUCUUUGGCGAAAGUCUAGUCGACUUGCUCCACCGGUUCCCAAAAGCCCUGCUCGCUGUCAUGGUUAUCGCCGCGGGUUUGGAGCUCGUCCGGGUCGGUGAGAGUCUGAAUACCUCUGCUGCUCGGGAUUUGGGAAGGCAGGUUGAGGAUGAGAGCGGGGAGCGGGUGCAUCUGACUGAGGAGGAGCGGGGCAAGAGGUGGAUGGUCAUGAUGGUUACGGUUGGACUGCUCGUCGGAUUCAAGAACGAUGCUGUCGGGUUUGUGGCCGGGAUGCUGUGCCACUGGGCCUAUGGGCUGCCGGGCUUGGUUGAGCGGGUGAAGAGCAGGUCAGAGGGGAGGGUGAGGUUGCCUUGA